AUGCAACUCCCCACCCUCCUGACCACGCUUCUAAUCACAACCGCAACCACCACCACCGCCAUCCCCACAAGUCCCAAAAGAGGAACCCUCAACCCCCUCCAAAUCAGCUCCCUCACCGCCCGCACCCUCUCCGACCUCGACUUUGGCCUCUUGAACCUGACCCUCUCCGACCCCAACACCGACAGCCCCCCAACCAUCUGCAACGUAAACUGGCACCCCACACAACCCGUCCCCGUCUCCACGACCGUGAAAUGCUACAACCCGGCCUACGAGGUCAGCUUCCCCGAGGGAUUGGGCAGCCACAUCGACCGGUUCACGUUGCGCGUGCAGACGACCAACUCCAGUGCGCUGGUGGAGCAAGGGGAGGUGCGGUUGGAUGCGUACACUGAUGCGUCGCAGUGGGUGUGCCGGAAUCGCACGGCGGAGUAUAUCAAGACGCAGUGUGCGUAUUCGGGGGUGUUGGAGGUUGCGCUCUAG